CUCCGGGUCCAGCGCAGGCUGUGGUGUCGGAGCCCCGGAGGGGGAGACGGCGCCCGGGAGGGCGAGAUGCUCGGCUCGCCCCAGCUGCUCUGCACCGAGCUGGAGCAUCCUGAGCUGCGGCAGGACCGAGUCCGGGCGCGGGUCUUCAUCUCAGCAGUUCAGCCUUGUAGGGAGACCGGCCACCAAACCCAGACGGAACCGCGCAUCCAGCCGCUGAGUGUUAGCUUCUCAUCUGGGAGUUCAGGGAUAAACGAGGCAGCCUGCACCAGAUGGUUUGAAGCUUGAAACUGAAUUGUUGGAUGGAAAAACCAAGCUAAUACUGUCUCCAUAUGAGCAUAAAUCAAAAGUUUCUGUGAAGAUGGGAAAUAAGAUCAAGAUUGCAAAAUGUCCUUUAAGAAUAAAACAGACUGGACACAUUCUAAAAUCAACACAGAAUUCUUACAUUGGGAGCGAAAACAUUUCUCAAAAGAAGAUAAUUAGUUCAGAAACUUCACAGGCAAAACCUGAGAAAAUUAGAUUCCCAUUUUCACCCUCUAAGGAUUUAUGUCGGCAGUAUGCAGAAAAAGACUGUCAUCAUUUCCCAAAAGAGUCUUCACCUGCAACCUCUGAUAUACAGAAGACUGUAAACACGGCAGAUAAAUACCUAGUGUCUAAACAGAAGCCUUGCAAAACACACCCUACCGAAACCAUGGACAGCAGCAUGGUGUGUCUAACCCAAGACCAACUACGGCAGAUUUUGAUGAGUGUCAGCCAAGGGAAUGGAUCUGUGUCCCUAACUGGAAAUGGAAAGGAGGAGAAAGCAAGUCAAGAUAGUUUACAUUUAGUCAAUAUUCCUAGCCAGCCAAAGGAUGUGGAUGUUACAGGAUUACUGCAGAAAAUGGAGGCUGUUUCACCUGUCUCAAAUGAAAAUAAGCAUGUCUUCAGUAGAACUCAAGAGGCAUUUCAACAGUGUGAGCAGAAGAUUGCCAUAGAGAAUGAGUGGAAGCCAGCGGACAUAUUCAGUACUCUGGGGGAACGGGAGCGCGAUAGAAGUUUGUUGGAAGCAAGAAGAGCCCAGUGGAAAAAAGAGCUAGAUGAACAGGUUGCUUUAAAGAAGAAAGAAAAAGAAGCUUCUCAAAAAUGGAAUAAUCCUUGGAAAAAAUCUGAAAUAGUAUGUGAGAAAAUUCAAAUCCUUGACCAAUCUAAGGAAGCAGGACUGCUGGAGCGUCCCGGCAGCACUGUGAGCCAGGAGCAGCAGAGAAAGUGGAUGGAAGACUUGAGUAAACAAGGAGAAGAGGACCAGCAAAGGAAAACCGAGGAGAGAAUGACACAUUCAAAGGGCGAGGACCAUGACAGAUGGGCAAUGCAUUUUGAUUCGUUAAAGAGUCUUCCUGGGUCUCAGUCUCGGCUGUCCUGUCAGUUACCACACCAACACCCGGAGUCCUUUUGUGUCUCUCCUGACACUCAGGAGCUGGCCGAUGUCAACAGUGUUUACACACCUCCACCUGCUGUCCAGGUGGAACUUUCAGAGGAAGAACAGCAAGCCAAACCUGUUCCAGAUAUGGCUGUGUCAUAUAGUCAGAAAACAAACUUUCUCCGUUCUAUGACUGCACUCCUGGACCCAGCACAGAUUGAGGAGCGGGAAAGACGCCGGCACAAACAAUUAGAACAUCAGAAAGCAAUUAUGGCUCAGGUGGAAGAGAACCGCAGGAAGAAGCGGCUGGAAGAAGAACAGAGGAAGAAGGAAGAGCAGGAAGAGGAGCAGCGCUUGGCUCGGGAACGGGAGGAGAUGCAGAGGCAGUAUGAAGAGGACAUUCUUAAGCAGAGACAGAAGGAAGAAAUCAUGACUCUAAAGACAAAUGAGCUAUUCCACACAAUGCAGCAAGCUCAGGAGUUGGCACAGAGACUGAAACAGGAGCAGAGGAUCCGAGAACUGACUCAGAAAGGACAUGAUGCAUCCCGGCUGAUUAAAAAUCUUGGCGCACAAGUGGAUUAUAAGGCAUCCACUAAUGUUUCCAGUUCAAGAAGUGAUGCUAAGGAGGCUGCUGAUGAAACUUCCACAGCCUCUCCCAAGAAGGACACCGGAGUGCAGACAGAUGACUUAAAUUUAGGAAAUUUCAGCGAUGCACUACCACACUGUGGAUCAUUAACAGAGAAGGGCAUUAGAAACUUUUCUUCUCCAGAGAUUUCUGCAGAAUUUAAUGGACAGAUUAGCACUAAAAAAGACAAGCAAGAACUAAGUGUGGAUAAAGGCACUAAUUUAGACAAAGAAAACAGCUGGUAUAAUGGCCAGUGUAAUCAGUAUAGAAGAACAGAGAAACAAACAAAACUUAUGAAGAAAUGUCCCAAAAAGCCUGCUUGGAAUAUAAAUAAGCCUCUCAAAAGGUAUGUUCCUGCAUCAGCAAAGUACCCUGUCCAUCUCCAGAAGGAGAAAGAAGAAAAAAAGGUAAGAAGGCAGAUGGAGCUGCUUCACUUACUAGAAAGAAACCACCCUGAGAACCUCUCCCAAAACAGAGGCACUUCACCAGAAGUUCUUACUUCAUCUCAUCGAGAAACUGAGUCAGAGAUCAGGUUGCAUCUAAUCAAAAAGGUAGAAGAACCUCUGAAAACUCCUUCCGUUAUUAAAGAAAGGUUUCAGUCAUCACCAGCAGUAAAGAGUAGAACUCAACAAACUCAGACUAAUUCAUUACACUUACCACUAAAAAAUAGUGACUAUGAAAAAGAGAAUCUGACCUUAGGAGAUGGUCAAACUAAAUUAUCAGAUGAGCUGUCUGAGACAUCUCAUUUCAUUCCCUACGUUCGAACAAAUGAGAUCUAUUAUCUUGAUCCGGAUGCACCCUUGUCUAGGCCUUCAACCCAGGACAACCAAUACCAAAAAUCUCAUGAUUGUGAGCAACAACAAGAGCUAUUUGACUCUGACCAUACCAAGGAUCCACUUCUUAAUCCUAGAUUGGUGAAAAACAGGGAUCGACAGCAAGCUAUCCUUAAGGGGCUUUCAGAAUUAAGACAGGGUCUUCUCCAGAAACAAAAGGAGUUGGAAACGAAUCUCAUACCCUUAACUGCAAACCAAGAAGAUAAUUUUAGUUCUUCGUUUUAAAUGUGCUCACUACUCAACUGCAUUA